GGCAGUGGGUCGGCGCGAGCAUUGUUUUGUCAGGGCGCUUCCUUGGCCUAUAGCAGCGGGCAAACCAGCCUUGCCCAGAGACGGCCCAAGAGCCGGUCUUUCUCUUGACAACCGCCGCUUGCGAGCGAGCGAGCCGCCUCCUUUCCUCUUCACAGUCGGCGGACGGGAGCAAGGGAUGAGGCGGAGAGAGGAGUUGGGCGGCUCUCGGCGCGGCUGGGGCCAGGCUCCCUCCUCCCCGUCAGGUGACUGCAGGCGGCUGCCUGGUCCUUGGCUCUCUCUUGCACGCAGCUGCCGGGCCAGAAGCGAGCGGAGCCAUGGAGCUGCUCGGAGCGCUGCUGCUGCUGUGGUUCUCCUUGCACCAAGUCCGCGCGCGCGAAGCCCCGCCUCAGCUGCUGCUCCAGAACGAGGAGGAGGCGCCCCUGGGCGAGUCGCCCCCCUUCGGCUCCCUCUGGCCCCUGCCCCGCUCGCUUUCCAUCUCCCCAGCUCGACUGCAGCUGGCUCCCAAGCGGUUCCAGAUCGUCCAUGGCCCGGGAUCCUCGGCGGGGUCGAAUUGCUCCUUGCUGCAGGAUGCCUUCCGCAGGUAUUACGAAUACAUCUUUGGGUAUACCAAAUGGAAGAAUCAAGAUGAAAAACCUCUCUGUGAACCUGAGCUAUUCACACUUCAGGUCAUUAUCACUUCAGUGGAUUCAGAAUGUGAUAAAUAUCCAAGCAUUUCCUCAGAUGAGGCCUAUCAGCUCCACGUAGCACAACCUGCAGCUGUGCUGAAGGCAGGCAAAGUUUGGGGAGCUUUAAGAGGUUUGGAAACAUUCAGCCAGUUAGUAUAUGAGGAUGAUUAUGGAAGUUUUUUUAUCAAUGAAUCUGAGAUUAUUGACUACCCAAGAUUUGCUCAUCGAGGGAUCUUACUUGACACAUCAAGGCAUUUUCUGCCCUUGAAAACUAUUCUAAUCAAUUUGGAUGCCAUGGCCUUUAACAAGUUCAAUGUCCUGCAUUGGCACAUUGUUGAUGACCAGUCCUUUCCUUACCAGAGUGUCACUUUUCCUGAGCUGAGUGCCCAGGGGGCCUAUUCAUACCAUCAUGUUUACAACCCUGUUGAUGUCCGUCUGGUGAUAGAAUAUGCUCGGUCACGAGGAAUUAGAGUCAUCCCGGAGUUUGAUACUCCAGGGCACACAAAGUCUUGGGGGAAAGGUCAAAAAGAUGUCCUCACACCAUGCUACAAUGGAGAACAUCCAACUGGUACAUACGGACCUGUAAAUCCCAUAGAGGAUACAACUUAUGCCUUCAUGGCUAAAUUGUUCAGUGAAAUUAGCUAUGUAUUUCCUGAUGACUACAUCCACUUAGGAGGAGAUGAAGUGGACUUCAGUUGUUGGAGGUCCAACCCUAAUGUGACAGAGUUCAUGAAGAAACAAGGAAUGUGGUUCAGCUAUGCUAAGCUAGAAUCCUAUUAUAUUGAGAAAAUACUGGACAUGGUGACCUCUGGUAAGAAGAAAUCUAUAGUCUGGCAGGAAGUCUUUGAUGAUGGAGUGAAGCUGCAGCCAGACACAAUAGUUGAAGUGUGGAAGCCGACUCUAUAUAAAGAAGAAUUAUGGCGAGUAACCAAAGAAGGGUACCAAGCCAUCCUGGCAGCACCUUGGUACCUAGACCUCAUAGGUUAUGGCCAGGACUGGAUGAAGUACUACAGUGUUGAACCACUCGAAUUCCUUGGGUGGAAAUUGAAGAAAGACCUGGUACUUGGUGGAGAAGCCUGUCUUUGGGGAGAAUUUGUAGAUGCAACUAACCUCACUCCAAGACUCUGGCCUCGGGCAAGUGCUAUUGGUGAGAGACUCUGGAGCAAUAAAAAUGUGACUGACAUUGGCGAUGCUUAUAGGAGGCUUACUGAGCAUCGUUGUCGCAUGCUUAGGCGUGGAAUAGCAGCUCAGCCUCUGUUUGUUGGAUUCUGCCGUUACGAAGCGAGAGGCCUGUAAUAGCUGUAGCAAUAGGACAUCACCAGGAGUGCAUUUCUGGAAGGAAAACCUCCAUGUUCCUCAUGGAGUAUUUGCACUGAAACAAUUUUAAUUUUGAAAUGCUGGAAUUUUUACACUUAGAAUUACAUUUUGUACAAGUUUGACAUUUUGCUUAGAUGUUUCAAAAUGGAUUCUAAUGGAUUUUUAAAGAGAAAUUAAAGAUAGUUUUAAUGAA